AUGGUCGUUUCUUUUGAUUCCGACCUCUCUGCUUUAGGCAUUACAGGGGAUGUGGUUCUGAAGCUUUACGAUAGACGAUUCUCGACCGAACUACGAAGUACCUGGAAACUUGCCCCUCCUUGGACUCCACGCCUAGAGAGAAAUUUCCAUGAGUAUAUUUGCACAGACGAAGGCAAGGAGGAAUUUAUCACUCGGAACAAGCUUUUUGUCAAAUGGAGAGAGGAGGAUUGGGGAUACCGCCCAAUCAUUAGCGAGGAAGACAUCAAUGGGCAGCAGGAUACCACACAGCAGCAAGACACCACACAGCAGCAGGACACCAAUAGGGAUGAAAAUGUUAAGCCUAAUAGCCUACCCAGCCACAUUUCCAUGCCCUCUUUUAAGCUGCUGUCCCCUAUCUUCCACUUGUGUGGAAUGGCUUCUCGUGGCCUCUGUCUCACUAUCCGACUUCUCGGUACUGCGCUCACAACUACUAUUUCCUUGGGACAGGGCAUGUUUACUAGAAAACAAGAGAUAAGGGACGACGAAACCAACAGAAACCAAAGUCCUGACGCAUACCACGAAGUGGGCGGAGAACCACAGAACGAAGAACCCAACACAGCGCCUGAGCACACAGAGGAGUCGGAUAGCGACGAAGAGCCCGACCAGGAUUGGGAGAACUUAUUAGGUGAAAUGAAGCUCUAUCCUCACAGGCAACUUCUUUAUGCUGCAGAAGGUGCAGCGUAUGAAGCGAUGCAAGACAUGCAAGGCAUUUAUGUGCCUCGAAUUUUCGCCCAUACGAAAAUCCUCGGUCCGGAGCGCUACACCCAAGACCCGUCUAUCAGCAAAUAUUUCGAGCACCCCGGGAUUCUCAUGGAAUAUAUCGAAGGGUUUCCUCUGCCGGAUAUUGCCGAACAUGCCCCAAGGGAAGCAUGGCAGCCAAUCAUCGACAAAGCUAUCGAGAUCGUCAAUAUGGUCAGGCACCAUGAAGUAAUGAAUGAUGAUACGAACGUAAGGUGCUUCAUCGUGCAACCUGAUCCAACCAACAGCGUGGAUUCCGAAUACAAAUUCAAGCUCACUAUGAUUGACUUUGGCCAUACCACCCUCCGUAGACAGUAUCCUCCUGACCCUGACGGGAGGGAUUGGCGAAAAAUGGAGGCAUAUACGGACGCAGAGGGGGCUAUUGGGAGAGUCAUGGAAGGAAAAUUGGAAAGGUACUUUGGUGGAGGCUACGUUUAUCGUCGAACAUCCUAUACUCAAGGACUUAUUGACGAUUAUCUGAAAGUGGGUGCUAGGUUUGCUGAUCCAGAAGAUUGGUAG